AUGUCGCGUCCCAGAUACCUCACGAGCGAGGAGCCAAGCCCGCAUGCAUCGCCAGUGCAGCCGGCUAGGGUACGAAAGGCGCAGUUAUCGUCGCCGCUUUGGGAGCACGCGUGCCCGCAGGCAUUGCCCGAAGAGUCGAUGCUGUCUCUUGGCCAAAAGCGAGCUCUUGGGGAUCGACACGCUUACCAUCGAGCUUUUGACGAUGCUUGGCAGCGUCCCGGUCCCCGAGAGCGAUCGACUUCAGAGCCGCUGCUCAUGGGAGUCGACGCCUUUGUCUCGGGCGACUUGAAAUUCAGCACUGCUGCGGAGGUUCCGCUGGACAGGUCUGCCGCCCAUUGGAACCCGGACUCGACACCACUCCCGGGUCGAUCGUUUGAUGGGGCGUGCCUCCAGCAGACGGACUUUUCCAACUGGUACGCUGAUGAGCCGAACUCAUCCCUGAUGAUUCACGAUGAAUGCUUUGACACAUCCGCAAUCGAUGGAGAAACGUAUUCGGACUCGACAUCGGGCGGGGUAGACGUGCGUCCGGAGCGGCCACCUUUCGCUUCUCCGCUGAGCGAAACCGACGAUACGACGGAGGAUAGGCCGCUGGUACACCCAAUUAGGGAGUCGACGAGCGCUUGCCUGUGCCAGUAUCGCAUAGAAUUCAUGUGUGAGGCGUGCGUCUCUCGCGCUGGGAAUGCGGACGGGGUAGUAUCCGCCAGCCCGAGUGAUUCCGAAAACGACCACUGCAGAUUGCCAGAGCAAUGCCCAAUAGAACGGCCUGAUGCCUGCUGUGGUCUCGGAACAACUGAAGCAGCAGGCAGCAGUAAUGAUCAAACACAGGUAUCGACUGCGCAGCAUGCGUCGGGCAAUGCAGAGCGCUCCUCAUCUGACACUCAACACGAGCGGCGAUGUGAGGUAUGCACAUCAUGCACCAUGCAACGAGCGAGUCAGUGUGCGCACCAUGCACAGUCAAGCGUCGUAUGCCCUCUUUCCACUGGGGAACGUAGUUCACGGGAUUCCGGGCUCAGUUCACUAAGGAAUGUUCCCGCAGCGUCCGGCGAUGCGCCUCCUCUUCGGAGCAGUGUCGCGGAUGCAAGUGCGUACGACGCACGUCCGGAGGAUCGAGAUGCAGCUUGCAUGGCGCUGCUUCCAGGUUAUGGAGGCACGAACUCCGCGGCACAAGAACAAACCCGAAACGGAUUUCCACUAGAUAGGCAUCUGGACUGCACUGCAGCGGAGACGCUGGUUGGCUCUGGGCGGCGUCGUAGUCUUGCUGCGGCAAACGCGUUCCGAUCCCUGCUUCAAGGUCGGCAGCUGCCCAGCCGAACAACGCAGCGAUGCAGCGCGGCACAUGAGCCGUCCGAUCUCAUGGACACCGAGUCGGGUUGUGAUGACUCGACAUCCAACGCAUCGUCACCGCCAUCGUCGUCGAUAGUCGCGAGAGGCAGCAUGUUCUCAUCAGACGCGAGUACCUUUCCUGCGGAUGAUGGUGCGAAACGCUCGCAUCAUUUGCCUUCAGCGAACUCGCCACCCGGCUCGUGUUCAUCGAGUGACUCCAUUGGGGCGCUACGCUCAGCGCCCAUGCGAGACGCUUCUGCUGAAAGAGCACAGCAGAGCGCCCGGCGACAACGGGAGCCGCGUGGACCUCCAGAUGAGCAAGCAGCAGGUGCAUUGGUGACUUGUGCACACCUGUCGCAAAUCGACACAACGCAGGCCUGGUCGGCGCCAAUCGGCGAGUCCGGAUGCGCCCUAGUCAAGUCAGCGACGCCGUUGUGUACGCACGACCUUGCGCCGGUAGACGGCGCUUGUGGUGUCGAUGCUGCACACGAGAAACCAGCGCCUCUGCUGCACCUUGUUGACUCGAAGCAAACUGCAGCGUACUCGAGCGGUGCCUGGGAUUCAUCUGCUUCCUAUGAUGUGAGCAAAGACGACGACAACGACGACGAGGCUGCUGCUGCUGCUGCUGCUGCUGCUGCAAUGCGCUGGACGCUGGAGCACCAUCAGCGGAUGCAGCAAACGGCGCUGUCGCCUUCUGCGGCCGUUCUGGACCACACCACGUCCAUUGAGCUGCGUCUUGCGUUGGAGCAGGACGUUCCAGUCUCCGGACGGGCGCAGGUCAACAACGCAGAUCGCGGUGAUGCACCAGUAUCCAGGUGUGGGCUACGCGGUGUCGGCGCUUGGCACGCUGUGGACACGACCGCCUGCAAAGCAACCUUUCCAAGUGUCCACGAACCUGCUUUUCCGCGUACAGAUCAACCCUCAGACUCGGAGGAUGCGUCGGGUCCACGUUCGCUCAAAUGGUGCCGUACCACCACCAUUGCGGAUCCCGGUGAUGGGAGUGGUUUGCGAGCGGACUCGCGCAGCGCCUCGAAUGCGCCUACGCUACUAGUUGAAGGUGACACGAGCCACGUGACUGCCGGCUCGGGCAAAGUACCCUGUUCGGCUGCAGUCGCUCCAGGAAUCGCGGACUGCUUGGCACCGACAAAGUCCUCGGAGACGCUCCCAGAGCAUCGCCGAGAUCGCAAGCAUGCGCUACGAAAAGGCCAAAGCGUCUGGAGGCGGACCAGGUCUGCAGUAGCUCGUUCGUUCGAACACGCCGUUCAGAGUGUGCAAAGAGCAGCAAAACGCGCUUCGGGCCCCGGCGCUUGUACCCAUCCGAGCGGAGCAAGACCCCAGGCCGCGGAUCGGUGCCCAGAGAGCGUCUCCGUCGCCAGCAACACGGCCGUGAAACAGACUGCGCAGGGGUUUACGGAUCUGUCGCUGGAACAGUCUUUGUAUGAUCGCUUGGCAGCGGACUUGGAGCGGACCAUCGAACGGCUCAAGGCUCCUGUGGUGGCAAAUGCGGUAGCUGCGGAUCGACCGCUAGCCAAGGCCCCAAAACAGCAUGCACACCAUUUUGGUUUGCACAUGUUCGAGCAACUUCGCGGACACUCGUUCGCUUGCCGACGACGAAAAGCCGCGACACGUCCUGGUCCCAGCGAGACUGCUGCAGAUGCUGGGGCUGCAAGCGCAUGCCUGCCGGCCGCAGAUGCCACGGACUUGUUUCGAGCAGCGGACUGGGACAACGACGCUGUGCCAGCAGCAGCAGCAGCAGCAUCACAGACGGAAGCCUUAUUCGCGGUAGCAACGUGUGCGGAUGGAUUCGCGGUAUCCUUCAGGGCACUUGACAGGCGCCUGGAGCGCGAGGGCCUAGCCGCAGGCGCAACCUCGGAUGCAGCGCGACUACCAUGCAACUGGGUCAAGAAUCGCUACGCUGAUAUUCUCCCUUUCGAUCGGACGCGGGUUCGCUUGCUGGAGGUGCAGUCCGCGGCCGCUGGUGGGCCGCCCUGGCUCCCCGCCACCGACUACAUCAACGCCAGCUGGAUACGGGGAGCGAUCCCCGAGAGUCGGCGCUUCGCCUACAUCGCAACGCAGGCACCGCGUGCCAACCAUGAAAGCGAACGAGACUUUUGGCACAUGAUCGCCGAACAACGAGUGCCCUGUAUCGUGAUGCUUACGCGCACCAUGGAACAGGGGCGAGAGAAAUGCGCUCCAUACAUGCGAACCGGGGUAUUCGGGGCCUAUCAGCUGCGAAUCGUUCGGGAGUACCACUGGCGUGUGGAGGGCGCGUGCUCAGCCUGGUGCCUGCAACCGCCGUGUGCUUCAGUGCAAAGCGAUGCGAACGCUGCGGUAUUGGCGGCUAUACGCGACGCGGAAACGACGACACCGUUGAUUGUUCGCGUGAUAGAGCUUCAACGCGUGCGACCGCUCAACCAGAAGCGGGAUGCAGCUAGCACCCAGAGCACCGUCUCGCUGCCGCUGGAGCGCAUCGGGGAUCGAUGGCGACUCGUCCAGCUGCAGUAUACGGCGUGGCCGGAUCACGGGGUCCCGCAGUCGGUGGUGCCGCUCCUGCAGCUCGUCGAUCUCGUGAACGAUGCCCGGACGCUCUACGGAGCUAGCCAGGCGGCCAUGUUGGAUCGACUCCGUGGCAACCUCGACGCCAGAGAGCGUUUGUUAACGGUUAGCUUGCAGGAGCGGGGCACAGCGAUGGGGCCGUGUUCGCAAGCAGCAGCGGCAGCAGCUGGUGCUGGUGCUGGACCAGUCGGAGACUCAGCGCCGCUGGUACGCUCGGCCAGCCGGACUCGAUACGGCCCUGUCGUGGUACACUGCAGUGCAGGUAUUGGCCGCACGGGUACAUGGAUCGCGCUCCAUUUGCUUCUGGAGAAACUGAAACACGGUGAUGGGCCGGCACCCGGCGAAACCUUCGCUGACUUUACAGCCCAGACGGUGCUGCAGUUGCGUGCACAGCGCAUGGGUAUGGUUCAGACCGCAGCCCAGUAUCGUCUGCUGCACGAAGCGUGCUUGCUGGGCUUGCGGCGUGACUCGCAGCCGUUGAUCAAACUGCCACCGGAUGAGGACUUGUUUGCGGAGGCAUCGACGAGGUCUCAGAUGACUGCAGCAGAUCGGGCGGGCGCGUUCCCUGCUCCGCAACAUGACGACAGUGUCAGUCGCUGA